AGUCAACAAUCUGAUAACUUUUUUAUUGCUCGUUAUUGCAAACAACAGGACUUGUCAAAGUUGAAUAACUACAGACUCCAAUAAAGAUUAGUUUAGCUCAGUUUAACGCAAUGUGUGACCAAAAGGUCAAUAUCUAGUUUAUUAUUCAACAAAAAAAAUUACUCAAAUUCACUCCUUAUCAGCAUGGCUUCAACACUGGUGCAUGUCCUGGCUUCUGGGCUAAUUCUGGUAGUGUUUCAGUUUGUUAAYAGUGAUUCAAGUCCUUGCACUAACUAUAUUCCCAUCAAUGAACCGAAACGAAGUACUAGACACAUCUUAGCAAAAGGAGAAAAAGCUAUAUGCGAUAGUAAUUUUGUUCCAGGCUGGUAUCGGUUCACAAUGGCUAUGCAAGCACAGAUGCCAACUACUGAGCCAGAGAUUCGCCACUGUGGUACCCUUGCCCCGAUAUGGAUUGUCAAAGGGACACAUCCAGAUACUGAAGGAGAAGAAGUUAAUGUUGUAGCGUGCGUGAAGAUAGACAACAGGAUAAAAAGGUGUAUGUAUCCACGCUAUGUUCGCAUUAAGAACUGUGGGAACUACUACGUCUACUAUUUGCAGCCUACACCAAAUCGUUGUAUGGCGUAUUGCACAGAGUUUACCGAAGAAAAGCAUCAAGUAGAAAUAAGAAGUAGAAGGAAAAUUAGGUCGAUGUCUUCAAAUGAUUGCUCUUCAAAAAACAAUUCUUGUCUAAUAAAUGGAAACUGUUACGGUGCCAAUGACGUCAACCCUCAAGACUGGUGCCAGCAGUGCAUGCCGGAUAUUCGAAACGACACGUGGUCUGACAGAAAAGAUAAUCGCCGACCAUCAUUUGCACAAGGCCAAGGAGUUACGCGUUACGGAAUGGUUGGAGAAAAUCUGCGUUUGCAGUUUAUAGCAUCGGAUCCCGAUAACCGGCCUCUCACGUUCUCCAUUUUAAGUACUACAGCUACUAGCGGAUAUUCAAUGAAUGAUUCUGGCCUGCUGCAGGUCAGUGUAAAGGCGCAAAACAUAARCUUUACUAUUGCCGUCACAGAUGAGUGUAAUGCGAGGGACACAAUCAAUUUUCAACUAAAUUAUAUGGURUGCCAUUGUAAAAAUGGUGGUCAAUGCAAACCUUCACCCAGCUCACCAAGGGGAUCUGGACAAUAUAACUGUGAAUGUCCCAAAGGAUAUAAUGGUUCUUCAUGUGAAACAGAYAUUAAUGAUUGUGUGGCUGUAGACUGCGGUAACGGYACAUGCAUAGACGGAAUCAAUAACUAUACUUGCCAAUGUCAUGAAGGCUUCGAAGGAUCCUCAUGCGAUCAAAAGAUCCAAAAAUGCACAAAUCAGUCAUGUUUUCCUGGUGUUCAGUGUUCAGACACUCCAAGUGGAAUACAAUGUGGACCUUGCCCUAAUGGGAUGACUGGAGAUGGAAAAACAUGCACAGGUAAACCUGGGAUUGUUGCAACUACUACAAGUGCAAAGUCUACGUAUGCAGCUACCACAACUUCUGCGGACACUUCUGCUGAUACAACAACUACCGCAACAACUCCUGCCGUUACAACAACCGCUGCAACAACUCCUGCCGUUACAACAACUGCUGCAACAACUCCUGCCGUUACAACAGCUGUGGCCACAUCACAAGUAGUACUUCGAACUACAACAGAUGCUCCAACACAGACCGCGGCACCACUACAGGAAACAACCACAGUAGCAUCCACAACAGCUGCUCCAACGACAUCUCAACCAACAACGAAGGCCACGACGCAACAAAUAACGACAGCAGCUGCCCCGACGACAUCUCAGACAACAACAAAGCCCAAGACGCAAGAAAUAACGACAACAGGCCCAGGCUUUCGAUGAAGCUGGUAAUAAAAACUUCUACAAAGUAAUCGUAAUCGCCUUUAGGAAAGGAAGUGUCAUCGCUGAUUUUGAAUUAGCUUUCAAAAACGAAGUCUCUGAUCCACUGAAAGAAUUACAUUCAGCUAUCAAGAACGGAACCUUAUAUGGUCUAAAAGUAGACGCAGAUUCYCUAAGGAUAAAGGACAAAGAUACAGAGGCCGUAAAGGACCAGAAAGAUYACGGACCCAAUGUUGUUCUCAUUGUGAUUCUUGUSAUCAUUGGUGCACUUAUUAUUGUCGUCAUUGCCGUCACGUGCUAUAUACGUAAGAAAAAUAAGCGCAAAGAGAAUAUUUCUAAACGUGAAAAGGACGACGGCAAUCCAGCGGAAACGAUCCCUCUUACGGAGAAAAAUAAUAAAUAGGUUCUUUGAAUAUUUUUAGAUAAUAUAAUUGUAGUUAUUUGAGAGAUUUGAUUUAAAUGUUUGUUGCAGUCAUGAUAAAACACGUUGCUGGUAACAUAAUUCUCA